CGACAAUGCUGAUCUGUUAAUUGUUUGUUUGUUUAUUUGUUUGUUGCUUUCCCAGCAUGCUCCCUGAGUCUCCUCCUGACUCGGAGGCUUGUUCACCUGCACAGCUGCCAGACUUCCACUGCGAGCCGCCCUAUUGGUCCAACCAGCAGGUGACCCAGCAGGUGUUCCAGCCGACUCAUCGGCCGGCUCCCUCGUCGUCCUGUCGCUUUAAGGACCGAGGCCUCGCCCAACACGAGCUGCUGACCCACGAGCAGCUCCGCAGCCUGGGCCUAACAAACACUUACAUCAAGUCCGGGUCCUCGCCGGCUCCACCUGCCGCCCUGCACCAACACACACACCACUCACCUGAACACACACACUACCUGAGUCCAGAGAGCAGCUUUACGCAAGUUUACACUCCGCCAACACCUUGUUCACCGCCACAGCCCCCCUCGAGCAGCUACGCCGCGCCAUGCACGGGUCAGGGCAUGCUCCCAAACCCAGCAAUGCCCCAUUCAAGCUUUCCAAUGGGCUCCACAUCCACGCAACAAAACUGCUCCCCGGAGAGUAAAAAGAGGAGGAGAUCGGAGUCUGAGGAACCGUCGGCAGGAAUCACAGCUUCCUGCACUGAAGGUGACGGGACUCAAGGUGGCAGUGUGGGGAGCGGUGGUUUAGGAUCCUACCAGCUGCUGACGUGGGAACACUACAGGCCGGAACAUUGGAGCGCUUUGUACGACAGCAGCUACGAGAUCCUGUCUCCUCCCGCCUACCACGUCGACACAGAUAAAGGCUUCAACUACUCUGCAGCCGACGAGGCCUUCGUCUGCCAGAAGAAGAACCACUUCCAGGUCACCGUUCACAUCGGCACGGCAACAGAGCCACAAUACGUCAGGACGAAUAGCGGCCCGCAGCAGGUCGACCACUUCCUGAUUAAAGUGUUCGGGAUCAAGCUGGAAUCUCCGAGCCACCAAGUGACCAUUGAGCAGUCUCAGCCCGACCGCAGCAAGAAGCCUUUCAACCCUGUCAGGGUCAGUCUGCCCAGCGGCAAAAUCACUAAAGUAACGCUGGGACGACUGCACUUCAGCGAGACGACGUCCAACAACAUGAGGAAGAAAGGCAAACCCAACCCUGACCAGAGAUAUUUUCAGAUGGUGGUUGGUCUGUACGCUGCAGUGGGAGAAGCGGAAACGUUCCUCCUCACAGCUCUGGUGUCGGAGAGAAUCAUCGUCAGGGCCUCUAACCCCGGUCAGUUUGAGAUGGACGGGGACGCCCUGUGGCAGCGUGGGGCGCUGCAGGACGCCGUGGUCUGUCAGGGCCGAGUGGGCAUCAACACCGACUCUCCCGAUGAGGCGUUGGUCGUCUGCGGCAACGCCAAGGUGAUGGGCGCCGUCAUGCAGCCGUCAGACCGCCGCGCCAAGGAAAACAUACAGGAGGUGGACUCUGAGCAGCAGCUGAAGAGAAUCACUCAGAUGAGAAUAGUUGAGUUCGACUAUAAACCAGAGUUUGCCUGCAGCAUGGGCAUUGACCACACCCACCAGACAGGUAUAAUAGCUCAGGAGGUGAAGGAGCUGCUGCCGUCAGCGGUGACGGAGGUCGGAGACGUUUCCUGUUCAGACGGAGAGAAGAUUCAUAACUUCCUCAUGGUGGACAAAGAGCAGAUCUUCAUGGAGAACGUCGGGGCGGUGCAGCAGCUGUCCAAGCUCACCGACAACCUGGAGACUCGGAUCAACGAGCUGGAGGUCUGGAACCGCCGGCUGGCCAAGCUGAAGAGCCUGACAGGAAGCCUGCGCUCCACCGGGAAACCGAGGAAGCCCAGCAGUGUGUCGGUGGCGUCGAGUCCCGACUCGUGUCGGACGGCGAGAGUUCAGAAGGACGGCGUCCGUCACAAGUACAGCUACUGUCUGCAGCACAAAGUCUUCCAGGCCAGCGUCUUCGCCCUGCUGGCCACCAUGGCCUUCUGCAUCAUCUCCAUCACUGCUCUGUACCUACUGAAUCUGGAGGAGAAAGACUUUGACAUCAACAGUAACGGCAGCGUGCAGAAGACCACGGCCUGGAGCAGCACAGUCCCUCCCACCAGUGCUCCCAGUCUCUGGCCUCCUGACGUGCACUUCUGUGAGCUGCUGUACUGUGAGGACGUGUUCUGCUGCCCUCCACCUGCAGGGGGCAGCACCACCUCCAACAUCACUCAGUCACUGGGAGAAGAAAUGUCUAAUAUGACAGAAAAAAGAAGAGAAAAACUUUAUAAGAAGCUACAAAAAGCAGGAGACUGGACGAACACCACCAUCCAGUCCUUCAUGAUCAAAGAGAAUCAGCAGGUGAUUGACAGUAAAUACUGUCUACGGGGCGAAUGUGGGCCGGGUCGGUUCGUCUACAGAGUUCCUGUCAGCCAGUUCGUCCCUGUCAACAUGAGAGUCACUCUGCUCAUGAAUUCCACGGAGCUGCUGGUGGUUCAUCUGUGCAGCUUCGAUGAGUCGACGUCCUGCUCCGCCCUGCUGGAUAUAAACACCGUCACUGGGACCAGAUACCAGACUAACACACAGGGAGCAGAGCACGAGUGGCCUCUUCAUGUCGCUCGUCUUCAUCACAGCUCGUAUCACUUUCGCUCCGCAGUCGCUGGUCUGGCGAACUGCAGUACCGACCACAACUACGCGGGGGCGCUCUUCACCGACUACCACUUCCACUUCUACAGACGCUGCACGGACUCGUAGUCGCACAUUUAAAGAAUAAAAAACAACUCAAUAUAAAUAUAUUAAAUGCAAAUACAUUGAAUAUUUGCAAAAGAUGAAAACCAGAUGGAUUGAGGCAGAAUUAUGUUGUUUUUUUAAACAUUAUUGUGAUAUUCUGUAAGUCACUUUUUCUCAUAGAUUUUUCUGCAUA